AUGAAAAGGGAAGAGUGCUUGCUUGUGCUUGCUGGGCUAUUAGCAAGGGUGGGGUUCUUCAGCUAUGGCAUAUAUCAAGAUGCACACUUCGCUGUGAAAUACACAGAUAUCGAUUACCAUGUGUUUCACGACGCUGCGCGCUACGUUGCGCAGGGGAACUCCCCCUACCUUCGCGAUACAUAUCGCUACACGCCGCUCCUGAGCUGGAUGCUCGUACCAAACCACUGGCUUCAAUGGGUUCAUUUUGGUAAGUUCAUCUUCGUCUUGUUCGAUCUUCUCGCUGGAGUCAUGGUAAUGAACCUGCUCGGGAAGUGCGGGAGGCGCCGCAAGCUGAUACUAGCCUCGUUGUGGCUAUUAAACCCGGUUGUAAUUACAGUCAGUACGCGGGGAAAUGCCGAGUCAGUUAUGGCCUUCCUCAUCAUGUGGUUCCUGGUACACUUGAGAAAUCGGCAGUUCGCGCUGUCAGGUUUUGUAUACGGCGUCGCAAUACACUUUAAAAUAUACCCAAUCAUCUAUGCGCUGCCUAUUUCUAUCUAUAUACGCUCGAGUGAGGGCUCGAGAUGGUUCUUAAGGCUUCUGACCAUGGGAAUUGCGACACUGGCGACUUUGGUCGGGUGCGGUAUUGGCAUGUAUUACAUUUAUGGAUGGGAGUUUCUGGAACACGCAUACAUCUACCACUUUACUCGUACCGAUCAUAGACAUAAUUUUUCUCUUUGGAACAUGCUGCUAUACCUCGAUUCAAGCGGAGUCGUUCCUACCACCAUUAAUUGGGCGGAGUUUGCCUUUUUGCCGCAGCUCUUCAUCUGUGCAGCUGUCACCUAUGUUUUGUGGGAGGCUCCUACGUUCCAGAAUAUGCAGUGUGUGCUGUUUCUACAGACUUUUGCCUUCGUGACCUACAACAAGGUGUGUACCUCCCAAUAUUUCAUUUGGUAUCUCCUCUUCCUUCCAUCAUUCCUUCUUGAUACUACGUUAUCUGGAGCCAAGGGCAUAUUUCUGAUAUUUUUAUGGGUCGGUACACAGGCGUGGUGGCUUUAUAACGGCUAUCUACUGGAGUUUGAAGGUAAGAACAUGUUUUACCCAAGACUCUUUUCCGCCUGUGUCACCUUUUUCCUAGCCAAUGUGUAUUUGCUAGCCCAAUUCAUCCUGGAUUGCAGGCGCCGCAACUACCAGACGAAUAUUAAGAAGACUAACUAA